AUGCAUUUUGAUUCUCUUCUUGCGGCAGCUCUUGUCCUUGUUGGUGCAGUUGGUGCCCAACGUCCCAAGGAUACCAGUAUCUGCGAUUACUAUACCACUGCCCUGUUAAAAGAUAACACUGCUACCAAACAACUCAUUUUGUUGACACACCUCGUCAAUUAUGCUCUUAUUGGUAGCUACGACAAAUCAAACAUGGGUGGCCUCCUUUUUCCUGGUAUUUUCGGAGGCGGAACCUACAAUGGUAUCAAGGUUGAUUUGUUACCAUAUUUCGACGGCCGUCUUGCAUCUACGAAUGUUGGUAACAAGCCAGUGACUGUCAAUUUUCUUGAUGAUGGUGGAUUCCGACCUCUUUCUCAAGGCCUGCCUUCCUUUGGAACGACAUCCAAUCAAUACUUCCUCAUGACUCAUCUUUACGAGUAUUUCGGCGUGUUACUUGGAUGUUCCAAACAAGGUGGCGCUGUCCGUCCGGCAUAUUCUGGUUCUGGGUCUCAAUACAACGUCCACAAAUUCAUGCAUCUUUCCAACGUCGAAGUCAGUUACUUUAUUCAACAAGUUACGUUAUCUGCUCAGGCUAUAGGCGUUGGUACUUUAGAUCUCAUGAUUGUCGGAAACGAACUUCGACAAUCAUUCGGUUAUCGUUGCUUGCCACCUACAACUGUUGUCCCUGCUCAAGGACCCCAACUGCAAUCUAUCUGCACUGAUAACACGUGUCCUCUUGCACUGAACAACACAUGUACCUUGUACGAUCAAACCAUUUCUGCGCCUACGGAAAGUGAAUGCUAUCAAAACUACAUGAGUUGCGCUAUGAAUGCCGGUGCACUCAAGCGAAGUUGUGCAGUGGCGUUUCGGCAAUGCUGCGAGCCAUCCGCUGCAUCCAGAAGUAACAAGACCAAUGGCACAAGUCCAUUAUCAGGGGCAGUUUCAGACUCUGGCACAGGGUCUGGCACAGGUUCUGGGUCAUCUUUUAACAAGACAUCUAGCAAUGGUUCAGGUUCCGGUUCAAGCUUUAGUUCGGGUUCAUGUCCGGGCUCAGGUUUAGGUGCAGGUACAGGUGCAGACUCUGGUACAGGGUCUGGACCAUCUUGUGACAAGACAUCUGGCACUGAUUCAGGUUCAGGUUCAGGUUUAGUUGCAGGUUCAGACUCUGGCACAGGGUCUGGGCCAUCUUCUAACAAGACAGCUGGCACUGGUUCCGGUCCAGGUCCUGUAUCAGGUUCAAGUUCCGGUUCCGGUUCAGGUUCAGGUUCAAGCUCCAACCCUGACUCGAAAUCCGGAAACAAGAUCAACAGCACCAUCACUACAACCACACCCACACAAAUCACCGCCGGUGCAGCCACAGUUGAAUUGAGCAUUGCAGCCAUCGUUGGUGGUAUUGCCGCUUUCUUCUUGUAG